GUUGAAGUACAUGCAACAUGUUGUUACCUAAAUAACGGCUUUUUUUUUUACACAAAUUCUGCCAAUAUUUUACAGAAAUCAGACAACUUUCCAUUUGUUUCUUUCUUCAAUCUUGAUCCCCAAUCUUCAAUUUCACACCCCAACUCUUUAAUCCCGUUUCACAAACCCUAAUUGGUAGUCUUUCGCUUUCAACAUUUCCUUAAAUCAAUCGCUCAACUGUCAAGUUUUUGCUGAUCCUUUCGGCGAUCUGUUCAAUGCGUGUUUCAGAUUUCAAGCAACAGUCAAUUGACACAUAGCCCACUAGCAUUGUCAACUCCAAGUUGGAAUUGAUCGGUCCUGCACACCAAGUGUUUGAUGAAAUGCUUAUGAUGGUUUGAGGACCAAAGGGGUUUAGUCUUUUUUGAUCUUUCAGUGGUUAGUGAAGAUGGCUGAUGCUGCAGCUAUCAUGGAAGCUGCUGGAUCCCGAUUUAGCGAUUUAGAACUCAUUGGAAGAGGGUCUUUUGGUGAUGUGUAUAAAGGGUUUGACAAGGAACUCAAUAAAGAGGUUGCUAUUAAAGUUAUCGAUUUGGAAGAAUCAGAGGAUGAGAUUGAAGACAUUCAAAAGGAAAUAGCGGUUCUGCAACAAUGUCGAUCGCAGUAUAUUACAGAAUACUAUGGGUCAUAUCUUCACCAAACUAAAUUAUGGAUAAUAAUGGAAUAUAUGGCUGGUGGUUCUGUUGCUGAUCUAAUUCAACCGAAUCAACCGCUGGAUGAAAUGUCUAUCGCAUGCAUCUUGCGUGACUUGCUGCAUGCCGUUGAAUAUCUACAUACAGAAGGAAAGAUCCACAGAGAUAUUAAAGCUGCAAACAUCUUGUUGACUGCCAAUGGUGAUGUUAAGGUUGCAGACUUCGGUGUGUCCGCACAACUAACCAGAACAAUUUCUAGAAGAAAGACGUUUGUAGGAACACCAUUUUGGAUGGCACCGGAAGUGAUUCAGAAUGCAGAGGGAUAUAAUGAGAAGGCAGAUAUUUGGUCUUUAGGAAUAACCACAAUUGAAAUGGCUAAAGGGGAACCUCCGUUUGCCGAUCUUCACCCGAUGAGAGUUCUUUUCAUCAUACCUAGAGAAAGUCCACCUCAGCUAGAUGAACAUUUUUCUCGUCCUAUGAAGGAAUUUGUUUCAUUGUGUUUAAAGAAGGUACCUGGUGAGAGGCCAAGUGCAAAGGAACUUCUGAAACACCGCUUUAUUAGGAAUGCAAGGAAGAAUCCAAGACUCCUGGAGAGAAUCAGAGAAAGACCGAAGUUUCAAAUUAAGGACGGGGAUACACCUAGCAACGGUACACAAGCUUUAGCAGAAGGAUCUAAUACCGUGAAGGUUAACCGGGACCCACGAGUUGACGAAACCGUUCGAGCCAGCGGGCAUGGAAAAACUCAGAGAACAGCUGGAUGGGAUUUCAGCAUAGGUGGGUCCGGGAGUACGGGAACGGUUAGAAGUGCGGUGAGGCCACCUCAGAUUAGAGACCGGAAAACCGACACACACACAACCCAGAAGAGAAAUAUGGAAAGUGGUACCAGGCGUUUACUAGAAGCCUCUAGACGAGAUUAUAGAGAAUCGGAUCAUGAUAAAAGACAUGAUUCGUACAGGGGUGAUGAUGAUAUUGUGUCGAUGGAUGGCACUGGAACCGUUGUUGUGAGAUCUUCAAGAACGCAAACGUCAUCACUUUUUAGUGAUCAAAGUACCAUGUCAAGCAGCACGUUUAGUUCUCUUGAAGAUGCUUCCAUAAGUGGUACGUUUGUCUACCGUGGACAGCAUGAUGACUCGGAUUCUCCACGCACUCCAAAGUCAAGGCUCGGAAUUCAAGAAAAAACGUCAACCGCUUCGCAUGAGGAUAGUGCAUUAAACCUAGCAGAGGCAAAGGCUGCAAUUCAAGGCGGAAUGAAGAGAGAACAUGCGAAAGACAAGUCGGGUUUAAGCAAGGUUAAUAAAGGUGUCGAAGAAAGUAGAAAAACUGAGAAAUCGACAAAUAGCUUGGAAUCUAUAGGACAUUCAAGAGACUAUUAUGAUGCAAUAAAAGCAUUUCCAAAACCUCGCCAUGCAAGCAGCGAUGAAGAAGAGGGUGCCAGAUCAUCCGCAUUGUCAGCUUCCGCUCCACUCUCGGUUCUCAUAGUCCCUUCAUUGAAAGAGGCAGUUACGGAUGAUCUAGAGGCAUCCGUGGUUCGUUCGGUGAUAAGUUCUUUGAUGGAUAUGGAACACAUGAAGCCUGGAUCUUGUGAAUUUCUUGUGACCCGAGUUCUUCACCGUUUAGCAAGUUCAAAGGAAGCGUCGUUGAAGGAUCUGCAAGAGGUGGCGAUACGUGGAUUUUCCAAGGGCAAAACGGUUAUAGAGCCAGAAAAUGCAAAUGCAGAAGCGGAUAACAAAAAGAAGCCACAGAACAAAGAGACUCAGUCGAAUGCCAACUUGGGCCCCCUUGCACGGUUCUUGCUUUCAAGAUGGCAAGGAAAUUCAACUUAGAGAGAGAUGUGGAUUAUAAUUCGGUGAAUUUUGUGUUUAUUAUUAAUUUAUUCGAAAUGUAAAUAAUAUGAAGAGAAGAUAGUUACUUGCAUUGUUUUUCUUCUGAAAUCGACAUUGUCGUGUGUUUUUUUUUUUUUGUAACCAUCUGAAUCCAAGAAAAUUAUUUACAGUGCAUGCUUUCAUAUA